CACACAGUGGGAAUAUUGAUGAGGAUGGCGAUGACAACUCCACAUUUCAAGAAUCACAGCUACCUACAUCUCCCACCACUUUUCACACACUAAUCAAAUUCAACCGCUAAUUCAGGCAACAACAAAACAAAAACACACAGUUUCCCAGUGAAAAUAAGUACAUGGUGCCCCCUGCUUCUUUGUUAUGCUAGAAUAGAAUUGGGCGAAAUUGUUGAAGAUUGAGAAAAAAAGCUUCAGUUUUUUACAGUUCAGGAUGGAAAGAGUUUGAGAAGGAAAUAGCUGAAUAGUGUAAUCUAAGAUUGAAUCAUCAAUUUGUUCUGUGUUUUUUCAAAAAUCAAAAUGGCAUCUCAGAAUUAUGAGGAGUUUGGUGCCCUAGAGGAGCUGGAUUCAUAUUUGUUAGAUCCAUCUUAUGAGUUUGGUAACUCCAAUAAUCUUGAUGUGUGCAAUCCUCUCUCACAAUUCUCUGUUCAAACAUAUGAGCAAAAUUGGGCCUUUGAACCAUCUUCAGCCAGUGGCAGCCACCCACCCUGUGCUUCUUCAUCUAAUGAAAGCUGUGGUACUCAGCCCGAUUGUCUAUCCGAUACAACAAAUAAUGAUGUUUUCAACAACUGCCCUUUGGCAUUGAGCAGCCCUUAUGGACUCGACUGCUUAGACGAGCUGAAAAACGACAAGUUAGGAGAAGCAGAAGCUGCUUUGCAGCCUAGCCUCGCACCUGAUUCUCUCAUUGAUGCACAUAAUAAUCAACUUUCAUCUGAGUUCGUGUUAUCAGAUGCGGCCAUGGAGAUUGUGGGUAGGAGGGACUUGAAGGAGAUGCUUGUUGCUUGUGCAAAAGCUGUGGGAGAUAAUGAUCUGGUGACUAGGGACUUCUUGAUGUAUGAAUUGCAGUUGAUGGUUUCGGUUAGCGGGGAGCCAUUGCAGAGGCUGGGAGCUUACAUGUUAGAGGGCUUGGUUGCCAGAUUGGCCAACUCGGGGAGCUCCAUUUACAAAGCCUUACGGUGCAAGGAGCCUUCGAGCCCUGAGCUUCUGUCGUAUAUGCACUUACUUUAUGAAGCCUGCCCGUAUUUCAAGUUUGGUUAUCUUUCAGCAAAUGGGGCCAUUGCAGAAGCCAUGAAGAAUGAAAACCGGAUACAUAUCGUUGAUUUUCAGAUAACUCAGGGUACACAAUGGUUCACUCUUAUUCAAGCUCUUGCCACGCGACCAGGGGGCCCCCCACAAGUCCGCAUCACCGGAAUAGAUGAUUCAUUUUCAGCUAGUGCAAGAGGGGGCGGUCUUCAGAUUGUGGGGGAGAGGCUAUCAGGACUUGCACAAUCAUGUGGAGUGCCAUUUGAGUUUUGUGGUUUGGCAAUUUCUGCAUGUGACAUCGAGAGUGAGCGCCUUGGGGUUCGUCCAGGGGAGGCGCUGGCUGUGAAUUUUGCGAUGGUGCUGCACCACAUACCGGAUGAGAGUGUUGGGGUCCAAAAUCAUCGUGAUAGGAUAUUGCGGAUGGUAAAGAAUUUGUCCCCCAAGGUUGUUACUCUCGUUGAGCAUGAAUCGAACACCAACACAGCUCCUUUCCUUCUCCGUUUCACUGCAACACUUGACUACUAUCUGGCCAUAUUCGAGUCGAUAGAUGAGGCCUUAUCCAGGGACCAUAAGGAGCGGAUCAAUGUUGAGCAACAUUGCCUAGCUCGGGAUAUUGUGAACAUCGUAGCUUGUGAAGGGCUGGAAAGAGUGGAGCGUCACGAGCCUCUUGGAAAGUGGAGGCUGCGGCUUUCAAUGGCCGGAUUCAACCCGUUUCCAUUGAGCUCAUUUGUAAACGCUACAAUCAAGAAUCUGUUGGAGAACUACAGUAGAAAGUAUACUCUUGAAGAGGGAGAUGGAUGUCUCUACCUAGGCUGGAUGAAUCGAGAUUUAGUUGCCUCUAGCGCUUGGAUAUAAUCUUUGAUUAUGCCAAGAUUUUGAUACCUAUGUGGUUGCUGUGAAGCUAUGGAGAGCACAAUAGCCGUACAGAAAUGGGAUUGACGUCGUCUUCAACCCGGAUGCUCCUCGAGUUGGAGGUGAUUGCAGUUUGAUGUCUCAGUGAAUGCCAAUAAAGAAAAUUUUACUACCCAUAGUUGUGUUAGUUUAGGCUUUUGAGAAUAGAAUCCAUGUUGAAAUGUUGUUGUGAUAUGAGAAUAGUGCAGUAAAAGUAGUGAAUAAAAUAGGGUUUAGUCUACAAAAAAUGGAAUUAAUAGAGCAAGCAUCAUGGAUUAAGCUAGCUCCCUGUAUUAACAAGACUGAGUGAGGUGCUUAUUUUUCUUCAUAUAUUUCACAAAGCCCGUGUCAAUUUUUCAGCUGAA